AGGUUGCCGCGGAAACGAAAGUGGCCCGUAGCUGCAUUGCCCUUUUUUUUUGUUGGAGAGCUGAGCUUGUUCCAGAAAGUCCCAAGGGUGCUUUUUCAGGAGGCAACUGGACUUUCUUUUUUUUUCCUCUUUGAAGACGUUUCGCUUUUCAUCCAAGAAGCUUCUUCAGCUCCAGAAAGAUGAUGAGCAGAAAUGGACACAAAUUAGAUUUUGAAAAAUUGGCAACAGCAGGAUAGUAUAAAAUAUGAGUACUGAUUACACUUGGACUACACUAGACUUUUAAAUACUUGCUGACUUAAAACAUAAUUGUAUGAAUGAUGAAAUGGAAAAUACAUCAUUAAGCAUAGAAUCUGAAUACAUAAAGAAUCUUCAACAGCAAAUUUAUUUCCUUGAAUUGGAAGCUAAGUUUCUUCGUGAGCAGACUAAAAAAGCAAUUAAUACUCAGCCUCUCCUUGCAUGUGAAAUGGAACAUAUGACACAAAAUCUACAGACAUUACAGUUUAAGGCUGAUGGCCUUGAACUGGAGCUGAAGCGAAAGAAAGAUGGUUUAAACAUGCUGAAGAUGGAAAGAAAUCAACUUAAUAGCCAAAUCAGUAUGGUUAAUGAACAGCAUUUAAAAGAGAAACAGGGUUUGGUAGAGGAAAUCAGACAAUGGAAGAGAGAGAAAGCAGAGAAAGAUGAGCAAAUCUCUGCAAAACACAUUGAGAUCUCAUACGCUAAGCAGCAAAUGGAAGAGCAACAAAUUAAUCUGAAAAACAAAGAACAAACUAUCCUCAUGCUAAAAACAAAGGUGACUCAACAGUUGGAACGGCAAAAGGCAACGGAGUUGCAGCUUUCUGAAAAGAAAAAGGAAUGCUUGGAAGUGCAGUCUGCAGUACAUGAAUUGGAAGAAAAAAUCCUUAAGAAAACAGCAGCAAUGCAUGAGCAAAUUACUCAUGAAUUACGGAAUGAGAUAUCUUUUCUGUACCAUCAAAUUCGUGAGCGGGAGCUACUGGCAGAACAGGAUCGUCUCUUACGAAGUAAAAUAGCGGAUGAUUAUGCAGCUUUGACCAAGGAAAAUAAUCUCUUGCAAUCCAGGUUUUUGGAACUUGUCAAACAAAGGGACAUUGAAAAAGUUCUCAAGGAAGAAGUGUAUACAACCCAUUCAGCGAGCAUUGUUCAGUUUCUGACAGUGAAAGAUCAGGAAGAGCAUCUGCAACGUGAGAUUAAGAGAUACCAAGACCUUCUGGAGCAAGAAAUGAGCACCUUCCAGGAACUUGAAGAUAAGAUUAGCAUGCUAGAAAAAAGAAGCACAACUGUUGAUUUAAAUAUUGCAACAUUAAGCAGCCGAAUAGCUGAAGUUAGAGCUAUGCUAGAAAAAGAAGAACAAGACAACAUCGAACUAAAAAGAGAGAAUUCUCUGCUAAUUGAUUUUGCAUCUAAUCUAAAAAAGCAGCUUGCUGGAAAAGAAAACAGUCUACUGGAGGCAUCAAAUAAGGUGUUGGACCUGGAUGAAGCAAUUUCAGCAUUAAAAAUGAAGCAUACAUUACAUCAAUCUCUUCAAUCAGACAAAUGGGACAAAAUCUAUAAAAUGGCAAAUUCCAUGAAGAAACUCAGCAAUUCAAUGGUGGAUAUUAUUGAUAGAAUAGGAAAAGAAUAAUUGAGAUGUUUUAAUGAGCUUUGAUUUUAUAUAGGAAAUGUUGAAUUAUGUAUGAUUUCAUAGAACCUGAAGAAUUAUUCUUGAAGCAUGUCAAUUUAGUCAUGUUAAUUAUUCUUUGAAACAUGACUGUACACAGAAGGAAGAUGCAGUGGUAUAUGGGAAUGACUUUGGGAGGUAGGAGGAAAACCCAUAGAAGACCCACUUGAUCUAGUCAAAUAAGCAAUGGUCAGAUAAACAGCUGAGCUCUCAGAAAGAAUGGGGGCAUGGCACAUUUUAGAAGAGACUCUUUCUAGUUUCUUGAGGUGUAAAGAGAAGGUGGGGGAGAUGUACAUUCAGGUUCACAAAAUUCUGUAAAUUUAACCUUACAAUAAAGAUGGAAUUGGUAUUUCUAGGUAUGCUUCCUGUCUGGACUAUCUUACAAGGCUGAAAUAAGAUGACUUUGAAAUUUAAACUUUCGAAAGCAAUUAUAAACCUAAGCAUAAUCUAUACUCACUUUGUAAAUAUUUGUACAUUUAAUUAUUGCUGGUGGAACAAUCAUUUAGACCAUCUUUAAAAAUAAUUAUAAUAGCUGGGGGACAAUUGAUUUGGGGACAUGAAAUUGUUCUUUUACCAAAGGACAAUAUUUCCUUAAAAAAGAAUGUCUUUUAUUUAAUAGAUUUUUUAAAUGUUAACUAUUAAAGCAGAAAAGGUAUACAUGAAGUAAGUAUCUGGUCUUUGUGGCAGAAAUGUGAAGAAAGAAAAUCUUUUCAUACUUCCAUCAAGCUAUAGAAACUGAAGCAGCAAAUAUAUUCUGCUGCAUUAUAGGAUAAUAGGUACCCAGCAGCAUUUAUUUUACCUUGUACCCUUAUAUUUAUACAUAAGAUUUUAAACCAUUUUACAGAAAUUUAAACAUUCGGUAAUCUUUUUUAAAUUAUUGUUAUGUCAUCUAGUCUUAAGUGUAUCAUGUUAAGAUUCUUUUUUAUAGUGAUGGUGAUUUCUUUCACUUAGAAAGAGUUCUUGCACUUACACAAUCAAUUUUAAACACAUUCUUUUUCAUUUCAGAAUUGUGUGUGUGUGUGUGUGUGUGUGUGUGUGUGUGUGUUUGUGUCUUAAAGUAUGUGUUUGUAAAUACAUUUCCAAGUUUUCAGGUCCAGUUUUUUCUCAAUAUUGAACUAUGUGGCAAUCAUAUCUUCAGUGAUCCUUCUACAGUUGUUAAAUGCAUUUCAUUUCUAGGUAUGGGAAAUGCAUCCACAAUCUUACUUUCUGAAAUAAUUUGCAUAACAGUUUCUCUUUUGUGGCAUGGGGAAAAUUACAAAAGGGUCAACCCAUCCAAGAAAGCCAUUAAUAAUUUCUAUUCGUGGGUAAAUUCAUACAGCUGUUUUGUGAGCAAAUUUCAGUGAAGUAAUUUCAGAUGCCUAAAGUGAGUAUUUUGGAUAGCUUAGAAAGAAAGAAACUAUGAAAAGAAAAAAUUAUGGCACCAUAUAAAUUUUGUAACUUAGCAGGUUUCUUUACCUUCUUAGUCUUAACUUUAAAACCAUCUGACUAUACAGAAAAGGUGUUAAAAAUAUUAUCUCAGAAGUUAGAAGUCAUAAUCAAGGAAAACAUUUAUGCUAUAUUUAUAAGAUAUCACUACAUAGUUUACUAUGUAGUUUACUAUGUAGUACACCAUAGUUCAUAUUUACUAAGCUAUAAUAUAGUAUAUCUGUUUGGGGAUUAGCAUAAUCUAUCAUCCCAACCACUAUAGUUUUGUGAACCGUAUUUUAGUAUGAUUUAUUAUAAAUAAGCCACAUGUACUAUAUCAUUUAAUACUUAAUGCAUGUAUGAACCUCUGUUCCACAAAUUCAAAUUUAGUUCAGCUUCUAGAAAUGGAUUUGUAGAAAGUGCUUAGAUAUACAAUCUAUGAAAAGGCAAGGCAAUAAUAUUUGGGUAUUUUUGCUGAAAAACAGUGCCACAGAGUAAGAAGGUAACCACAUGAAAACAACGCAGCAGCAGCAACAACAAGGAACACUUAAAACUGCCUAACAGACUUAAGAUUGAAUUAGCAGCAGCAAUUUGUAUAACUGAGCAAAGGAAAGCUCCAUUGAACCAAACUGCUUACGCUAAGCUUCAAGCAGAUAAAGCAGGCAUGUCAAACUCGCAACGUCACGUGACAUCGCACAAUGUAUCGGGCAGGUUUUGCCAUCGCCUGCAAUGGGGUGGGCGCAGCUUCCAUGUGAUGCGUCUGACCUGCGGGCCGGCAGUUUGAUACCCCUUAGGUAAAGGCAGUGUGGAAUUUAGAUUUGAUGAGCCCCUUAUUAAAAAGUUACAUCACAAAGGUACGUAUCAAAAUAGAACCUUGUCACCACCCCAAUUGAAAACAUACAGUGCAUUCAGAAAAUAGACCCUCUUCACUUUUGUCAAUUUGUUAUGCUGCAGUCUGAUUCUACAGUUGUUG